UCAGCCAGCCAGCCAGUCAAAGGAGAAGUGGGCGACACAAGAAGAGGAGGGAACCAACAGUAAGUCAGAGUUUUAACAGUAAGUGAAAGUGAACGGAAGCUGUGGGACAUGAGGUGAAAAUGGCUCAGCGUCUGCGUUUAUACUUUGGAUCUGGCCGCAGCAACACAGCUCCGGAGAUGCUGGGAACGGACUCAGAAGAGCAGCGAGAAGAGGGUGAAGCGUCCAGAGCGCGCUACAUGCAGCCUUCUCGUUUACCAACGCCUCCUCAGGAGUUGGGGGCUCAAAACAUCUCAUCAAGAACUUUUGGUUUGCGUUCGGAUCCCUCGCUCAAAAGGAGCUCCUCCAUGUUCAUACCACAGCUCUCCACCUACCUUGAAUCACGACCCACCAAAAGUUCGUCUGUGCAGAUCUCCCUCCAGCGUUCCAAUGGAUCAAUUAAUAGACACUCUGGUGGCUUUGCUGAAGAUGUCCCUCCGCCUUGCUAUUCCCCACCUGGACCUGCGCCUGCAUAUCCUGAACCACAAACUCAGGAAGACUUUCCACGACAGCCGCCUCCCCCAUACUACAGCUCAGAUUCCCAAUUAUUGCUGAAUGAACCAAAUCUUCCCAAACGCAGAGUUUUUAGCAUUGGUUCUAGUGGCUAUGCUACACAGAGCGGAGGCCAACCUGGUGUUAAUGUUGGUACCAUUUGUAUCCAGAGGAAUUCUCCUGAGAUUUUUGAUGUCCAGCAUUAUCUUCUUCCUUAUGGUCAAGAUGGCCAGCAGCAGACUCUAGAGCCAUGUGCUGGUUUUAAUGGUGGAACACAGAGACUAGUUUUCCAGCUACAGCAAAACCAAAACCAGGAUCAGACCCAAGAUUGUCAGCAGACUGCUGCAUCCCAGGGGGACUUUGGCCGAAGCAUCCGCACAGUGCGUUAUCCCAGAAUCCGACUGCAGAGGAGCUCAUCUCAUCAGAGGCUGCUGCUGGAAAAUAAACAUCUGAAAAACGGGGCAGACUUCCAGACCAUAGAGGAGAAUCAGAAUGAUGUGGAACUGGAGGCAAAAGAUGGAUCAAAAUGUUGUACUUUUAAAAUCAGAGGGGACAACCCCAGAAGGCAACCUCAUUUCAAGAUAUUCUUUACCCAGAGGGAAGGCAGAGAUCAAGAUGCGAGUCUUGGCAAGAAAUUGGCAACAAAUAAUCCUGAGACAAGAGAUGAUUUCCUUGGGCAAGUCGAUGUUCCCCUCAGUCAUCUGCCGACAGAGGAUCCUGCUAUGGAGCGCCCAUAUACGUUUAAAGACUUCCUGCUUCGACCAAGAAGCCACAAGUCCAGGGUGAAGGGUUACUUGCGUCUGAAGAUGGCCUAUUUGCCCAAACAAGGAGGACAAGAGGAGGAGGCUGGAGAGAUGAGGGAAGAGGCUGAGGGUUGGGAUGAGGCCGCAGAUUCAGGCUCCCAGCGACCCCAGCAGCUGUUGCCUCCUUUGCCUUCAGGCUGGGAAGAAAAGGUGGACAACCUGGGACGCACCUACUACGUGAACCACAACAACCGCACCACCCAGUGGAAGCGGCCUUCAAACAUGGACGUUAUCUCAGAAAUCGAGAGUGACAAUCAGCAGCGGCAAAUAAAUCAGGAGGCACAUCGUGUUUUCCGUGCGCGGCGCCACAUCAGCGAAGACCUAGAGAACGAGCGCAUGGACUCCAGGGACAUGGACAAUUCCUGGGAGCUCAUCACUGAAGAGGAUCCCAACGACAGCUUGGCCCAGUCUCUGCCCGCUCCCUCCUCCGUUUUGACCCCACAGCACUCGCCGACGCCUGCUGCUCAGGAGUUUUCUGAAGACCUAAAUUUGAGGCUGUCAAUCACCCCUGAAACGAAUGGUGAACUGCCAGGGCCCAGCUCCUCUCUGAGCCAGCUGUCAAACAGACUCCGGUCUUCAAGUAUGACAGAUGGUGUCAGUGAUCAGGCCCAGGCUCCUCCUCUAACGCAGGGUCCACAGACCAGAAGAACAAGAGCUCAAACUGUGUCAGGUGGUGAAGAGCCCAUGUCCCCCUCGGCAGCUUCCUACACCUUGACCACACCCGGCCUGCCCCCCGGAUGGGAGGAGAGGAAGGACGCCAAGGGAAGAACUUAUUACGUCAAUCAUAACAACCGCACCACUACUUGGACUAGGCCAAUUGUGCAGCUGACUGAAGACGGAGCCAGCACCUCAGCAGCAGCAGUAGCAUCAGGGCCUGCCUCAGCCCUGGUACCCGCUUCCACCCCUUCCUCCUCCUCUUCCAAUGCUUCCAACCACCACCUCCAUGAGCCCCAAGUCCGACGACCUCGUAGCCUCAGCUCUCCCACUGUCACCCUUUCCACCCCUUUGGAGGGCGCCAACAAUAUCCAGGUGCGGAGGGCGGUGAAAGACACCCUCUCCAAUCCACAGUCUCCUCAGCUGUCUCCGUACAGCUCCCCAAAAUCACAACACAAGACCCAGCAGAGCUUCUUGCCCCCGGGCUGGGAGAUGAGGAUAGCCCCUAAUGGACGGCCUUUUUUCAUCGACCACAACAGCAGGACCACCACCUGGGAGGACCCCAGGUUGAAAUAUCCCGUCCAUAUGAGGAAUAAGAACUCAAUGGAACCUGGUGAACUUGGUCCUCUUCCUAACCUACCAGAGGAGCCCGGAUGGGAGGAAAGAGUUCACACAGACGGACGUACUUUCUACAUCGACCACAAUACAAAGACCACUCAGUGGGAGGACCCCCGUUUACAGAGUCCGGCUAUCACGGGACCUGCUGUUCCCUACUCCAGAGAGUUCAAGCAGAAAUAUGACUACUUCAGGAAGAAAUUAAAGAAACCGGCGGAUAUUCCCAACCGCUUUGAGAUGAAGCUGCACAGGAACAACAUCUUUGAGGAGUCCUACCGUCGAAUCAUGUCCCUGAAGAGGCCUGAUGUUCUAAAAGCCCGAUUAUGGAUCGAGUUUGAAUCGGAGAAAGGAUUGGACUACGGCGGCGUGGCCAGAGAAUGGUUCUUCCUCCUGUCUAAGGAGAUGUUCAAUCCCUACUACGGCCUGUUCGAGUACUCUGCCACUGACAAUUACACGCUCCAAAUCAAUCCUAACUCUGGCCUCUGCAAUGAGGAUCAUCUUUCCUAUUUCAAGUUCAUCGGGCGUGUGGCAGGAAUGGCUGUGUUUCAUGGAAAACUCCUGGAUGGUUUUUUCAUACGUCCAUUUUACAAGAUGAUGCUGGGGAAACAAAUAUCACUUAAGGACAUGGAGUCUGUGGACAGUGAAUACUAUAACUCCCUAAAGUGGAUUCUGGAAAAUGAUCCCACAGAACUUGACCUACGGUUUUGUAUUGAUGAGGACAACUUCGGACAGACAUACCAGGUUGACCUGAAGCCCAGCGGUUCAGACAUGGUGGUCACCAAUGAGAACAAGAAAGAAUACAUUGACUUGGUCAUCCAGUGGAGGUUUGUCAACCGGGUCCAGAAGCAGAUGAACGCUUUCCUGGAGGGAUUCACUGAGCUCAUUCCAAUAGAUUUGAUCAAGAUCUUUGACGAAAAUGAACUAGAGCUGCUCAUGUGCGGCUUGGGCGACGUCGACGUUAACGACUGGAGACAACACACAGUUUACAAGAACGGCUACUGUCCCAACCAUCCGGUGAUCCAGUGGUUCUGGAAGGUUGUCCUGUUGAUGGACGCUGAGAAGAGAAUUCGACUCCUCCAGUUUGUUACGGGAACAUCGCGAGUGCCGAUGAAUGGCUUUGCUGAACUUUAUGGCUCUAAUGGCCCUCAGCUGUUUACAAUUGAGCAGUGGGGAACACCAGAUAAGCUACCAAGAGCUCAUACUUGUUUUAACCGCUUGGAUCUGCCCAGCUACGAAUCCUUCGAGGACCUGCGAGAGAAGCUCCUCAUGGCGGUGGAGAACGCUCAAGGCUUCGAGGGAGUUGACUAAAGCGCCCCCUUCUGACUCUAUCCAGCAACAACCAAUAGCAAAGAAACGAAACCGAAUCUCCAGGGAUGUGAAGCCAGCUGCUUGUAGCAGUUUUUGUGCUAGCAUGUUGUACUGUAACGCCUGACUGUGAGCCGCCUCCACUGCAUUGUGGUUCAAAGACUGUACAGCAACUUGUCAAGCCAAUAUGCCUACGUGUUUCUAUCUUUACAAUGUAGGAUGGGUCACUCCCUUUUUUUUUUUUUUGUAGAUACUGAGGAGAGAAAAGGAAGCAUUGCACUGCCUCAGUUCUGAGAUGUCUUAUCUGCGAGCAUGAUCGGUGGGGGAAAAAAAAUCCAAAACGCAGCAGGAUUCCCAGAGUCCAGCAUUUCUUUCCUUCUUCCCCCAUCCUGUGAAUAUCUUCAGUGCCGGAAAAGAUGCAUUUCAAUAGCUCUACUAUAGCUCUACUAUUGUGUUUGAGCCCCUUUCGGUGGAGAGCUCUUUGCAUGGCCUUAAUCUGGCUCCCACAUGCACUACUUCUCCUAAGAAGCUGCAAAGGCACUACGAUCGUAGAUCUUAUUCAAAUAUUUAACCCAACACCAGGUUACCUUAGGAAUGCUAGCCAGUCACAUUUCAGGAAAUCAGAGACACCCCUCCGUAGAGCCUUGUCUGGGACGUGAUCAGAUAGUGCUGCUGCAGCCUUUAUAAACUAAACAUUUCUUUUUUUAAAAGUCAUUAAUGAAGCUUGAAUAAGAGUACAUGACAUAAGCCCCACUAUAAUUUCCCUUGUUUUUGUUUUUUUAAUAUAUAUAUGCAUAAUUUUGUGAUCACACAACAUAAUUUCUUUAAUUAAUCCUUUGUAACUGACAGGAAAAUAUGGUAUGUAUUUGUACUAAUGAACAAUGUUCCUUGCUAUUUCAGAAACCGUUUUUGACAUGACGUUUGAAGUUCAGGUCUGGUUCGUUCCGGGGGCGAAAAGAGUCCAUAUCAUUUGUUAUGGUGAUAGCAAAUGUGUUUGAAAAAAAACAAAAAAACAAAAACAUUUUUACUGUAGUGCUUUAAAAGCAGCAUGGAACUGUGCGUUGUGUUUGCUUUUGACUACGUAGUAACUUUGGAAAUGUAACUGCUCUCGAGGUCAUGAAGGGAAAUGUCAAACUGUGGCAAGUUUCUGUGAUUAACUUAAUGCUCCUCAUGUCUGUUGCUAUUCAUGAUGCUGUAAAAUUGUUUUCUCUUUUUUUUUUUUGUUUCUUUUGUUUGUUUUUUUUUGUUUUUUUUUUUCCCAGGGGAAGGAGUGCAUUUUAAGUAAUUCAUGAUAUAUAAAUAUGUAUGUAUUACAUUUAACAGAAGUAUUACUGAUCAACACUAAAAUGAAGCCGCGUGUGAGUGAAUGUUGGUGUGAAAAGCUGUGAUUAUCGCUGAAUACAAAGCAGCACGUUUCUUACAAAGACAAAUGUUUCUCGUUUCUUUUUUUUCUUUUCUCUUCCUUGUUUCUGUUUUUUCUAACACAAUUGAACCUAAAGGGCACUUUAUAGAUCACUCUGAGGUCAUGUCGCCUGAAUUAUGUUUUUUUUUCUUCAUUUACUUGAAUGUGGUUCUUUCCUUUUCAGAGCACUUCCUAGUGCAAUAUAAAUACUCUGUAAAUUUGGACUGCUGCUACGUAGAAACAGAAGUGAACAAGACACUUCAUUUUCUUAAGUUCAUAUCCUGUUUCGAGCUGUUUCUUGAUAUUUUUCUCUUGUACGUUUCUUACCCCAGUGAUUUCAAUUCUGACUUGUUUUUUUUUUUUUUAAUCAGGAUUUCUUUUUUUAAUGGAUGCUGAGAAAUAUAAUUUUUGUUGAUGAUUCCACUACUUUCUGCAACCCUGUGGUUCAUUUAACUUUAAAUAAAAAUGACACUUCUUA